AUGCUUGUUUCCAGGCAACGCGAUUCCGAGAAAAACCACUGGUCGACAAGCAAAUACGAGACCCUUUACCACAGGUCGGAAGCCAGUCCACGCAUGUCGAACAAUUUUGACGCUCCUUUGUCGACACAGUCUGACUGGCAGGGACAGCAGUACUCGUAUCUCCCUCCUGGGGAAAGUUCCAUCUAUGCACAGUCUUAUGGCCAUGGAGCAGCUUCCGGUGGCAACUCCGAGUCCCAGGCACAGCCGCGCAGUGCUGCCGAGGCUAGCAGCUCCAUGGACGUAGAGCCGAAGACGGAGCCGAAUACACUGAGUCCGCCUCUGAGCCUACGACGGGGUGCGGAUCCCCUGGGUCUACGUCAACAAAGACAACCAUCGCCUAUUGCUGAGCAGUCAGAGACGCAGGGCGAUGUAUACGCUCAGAAGGCAGCAGAGUCCUUGAAAGAGGAUUCAGUAGCCUCGACGGACACUCCCGGGAUGUCGCUAGGAUCCAACCCAGUGAGCUCGGUCUCUUCUGCGGGCCAGGGCCCGGAGCUACCAGCCAGCCAGUCUGGCCCUGAGGACCAGGUGGCCAAGCAGGAGGACGAUGAUGACGUGAUAGAUGAAGAUGACAUGGUCGACGGCGACACAGAAGCAGCACUGCAGCAGAUGACACCCGCUGAAAGAACCGCGGCUCGGAGGAAGAUGAAGAGGUUCAGGCUCACACACCAGCAAACACGGUUCCUAAUGAGCGAGUUUGCGAAGCAGCCACACCCUGAUGCUGCGCACAGGGAACGAUUGUCGAGGGAAAUCCCAGGCCUGAGUCCCCGGCAGGUGCAAGUUUGGUUCCAGAACAGGCGAGCGAAGAUCAAGCGCCUCACAGCUGAUGACAGGGAGCGCAUGAUCAAGAUGAGGGCCGUGCCUGAUGACUUUGACAAUGUUCAGGCUCUUCACUCACCAUACGGAGCCGUUCACGGCCUCGGUACUCCAAUGGCGUCUCCUGUUGGCUUUGGUCCGGGCCCGUAUCCGGAUCACCUUAUGAGGGGACCACUGGUGGUGGAUGUCAGACGAGCUGAGGGCGGCGAACAUAUGUCGUCCAGCGGGCUGAGUCCAGCUUUUGGCAGCAUCGGAUUCAACACAUCGGCGUCCAUGAGCAACCCAGACCUGCUGACUCCCAUGUCCCAAGAGUCCGGUGACCGGUAUGAUUACUCGAACCACUUGACUCCGCUGAGUGCCGGGCCCAGGACUUCCAACCCCUUUGGAAGACAGGGCAGCAUGGAGACGGGAAUGCCUGUUCAGAAUCAUCACUCGAGACAGCAAAUGCGGCCUCUUCAGCCACUUCAACUCAGAGAGACGCUCACCCGGUCUAGAUCCGACAACCUCCAAUCACCCCUUAGAUCGAGCAUGUCCUGGAAAGGAGACUCGAUCGACUACUCGUCUUACCAUCCUGCGGCUGGCAGCCCAACACCCUUGAGUGGGCGACAGCAGUCUGUUUACCAGCCUUCAGAAGGACUCAGCGGUUCUCCUUCGACGACGUUGGGCGGCUACGAAUCGAGCACUUAUGCCGGUUCAUCUGUGACAUCUCCCACGCACAUGUCAUAUCCAAACUUUCAGUCAAACUCCUUCCAAAACUCACAGAACCGCUCCCGCCUGCGCGCCUCAUCUGCAACUCUUCCGCUCGGCCUCGAUCUGAGCGGCCAGCGAUCGUUCUCCGCUUCCCACCACGGCAUGCGCUCCGCAACCUCGCCAACCCACCGCCAUGCCGCAGUCACUUCCGCGCCAUAUUCCACGGGAUUCCCGACGGCGCCUCUGACGGCGCCGAGUGAUUUCUCUUUACCGAGAACACCAGGGUUCCCAACGAGACCGCACGACUAUUCGAUGCCACAGAUGAGUGCGCCAAUUGCGCCGCCCAACGAUUUCUCGCAGGCCUUCCACGCUAGCAUGAGCUCGGGACACAGCUCGAGGACACCGAUGCGAGACCAAUUUGGAGGCGGUGGUCCCUUGGGUGACAGGAGUGGCGAGGACUACGGAGGACCUGGUGGCGAGCUGAAGAGAAAGAGGAGCUUCACGAUCCCACAAGGCAGCUCAGCGCACUGA